AGUUCUCAUCAAUACAAAUUUAUCAAGUCCAAACACAAGGUAGCUACUGUGAACCGUCGAGGAGUUCUCUUCACUGUUCCUCGUCUUCAUCAACAGACCCUUAAUACAGUCACAAUCCAUCUAGGUGAGGAAACAUUCAAGAGGAUCACCGCUUUGCCGAACGAAUAUGGCGGACGGGUGGUCCUCACGGCGUUCGGACGAUAUAUACUGCACACUUACAACGUAGAGGAUAUUGAGAUUGUCCUGUCACAUUCGAGGAAUAUAAAGAAGGGCAUGGCAUACAGCUUCAUGGAGCCAUGGCUCGGUACAGGCCUGCUUAUCAGUACAGGCAACAAAUGGCAUAGACGCAGGAAGAUAUUGACUCCAGCGUUCCACUUCGACAUCCUGAAGAGUUUCCUGAAGGUCUUCGAGGAGCAGAGCAAGAGCCUGGUGGAAGGACUACGACAACUCAACAAGGGAGGCACCGACGUUGUCGAUGUCAUACCUUUUAUAAGCGAUUACAUGCUGUAUGCUAUUUGUGAAACUGCUAUGGGAAUCAAAUUGGAUUCAGACACAUCAGAAACCAAAAUAGAGUAUAAAAAAGCGAUUUUAGACAUCGGAUCAAUCGUUAUGCAGAGGCUCACGACUAUAUACCUCCACAACGACAUAAUCUUCAAUUUGCAUCCCUUGGGCAGAAGGUUUGCCAAAUGUUUGGACAAAGUGCAUUCGUUUGCCGACAACGUUAUCAUGGAGAGAAAAAAAGCGUACGGUACAGAGCAGAAUGGUGGGAGUAAACGGAGAUUGGCGCUGCUUGAUCUUCUGUUAGAAGCUGAGAGGAAAGGAGAAAUAGAUUUGGAAGGUAUUCGAGAAGAAGUCAAUACGUUUAUGUUUGAAGGACAUGACACCACCGCGAUAGCGCUGUCGUUUGGAAUAAUGCUUCUAGCUGAUCAUGAAGAAGUACAGGUAAAACUUUUAUCUUGUUUUUUGUUUAUUUUCUUUAUAAUUUGGCUUAGCAUUACGCACCGGUAAUAGAGUACAUGCAUU